AUGCGCCUUUCAACGAGUACCUUUGUUGCUGCUCUCCUGGCGGCCGCCGCUCAGGAUGCCGGCGCCGUCCCUCAGAACAACCGGAACGGUGCAGGUGCCAGCGCGGAAAAUGGAACGUUUGCCGUGCAGACUGUCCCCAACGUGGUGAACGCAAAUGCUGCAGGACAGGCGACGGGACUGAGACCUCUGCCUGGCUUGCAGACCAACGUGGCCGCCGGCCCGCUGAGGCCACUUCCCGGGCUUGCCUCGGCCGGCACGGCGAACGCAGUGGCAGCGCCGCCAGCAGCAGCAGCAGCACCACCAGCGGCGGCAACGCCACCAGCAGCGGCAGUAGCAGCACCAGCUGCCACGGUUGUUAGCCCAGCGGUGGUGAAACCUGCAGUUGCAGCCCCAGCUGCAGCACAGCAGUCCCUGAGACCCUUACCAGGCCUCAACACAGCAGCGCCGCAGUCUUUGAGACCUCUUCCGGGUCUUGCUUCGGCGCCUGCUGCUGUUGUCAAUCCACCGCCUGCCGCCGCCGCAAGCCCGCCGUCUGCCGCCGUGGUUGCUAGCUCAUCUGCUGUUGUUGCUGGGUUUACGCCCAUUGUUGCUGCCACGUCUGCUGUAGCCGUGGCCGGGUCUCUCACACCAAUUGCUGCUGCAACAUCCGCGGCUGCAGCCGUUGUUGCGUCGUUUACUCCUAUUGCCGCUGCUGAUACGUCGGCCAGCGUGGCUGCAGCUGCGCCUCUUACUCCAAUUGCAGCGGCGACACGAGCUGCUGCGGGUGUAGUUGGCUCAUUCACUCCAAUUGCUGCGACCGCCUCGGUUGCCGUAGCUGCAGUACAGACAACAGCAGCAGCGGCGGCACUCGUCCCUCUCCCAGGAGCGCAGACGUCGGCAGUGGCAGCAGCCUCGCCUCUCACUCCCCUCGUCCCUCUCGGAGGAGUGCAGACAGCGGCGACUUUGGCAGCCACCGAAUCAGGCGCCUCUGAGGGGACUCUUAGACCCCUGCCGGGCUUGGGCUCGGAGACGACUGUGUCGCUUGAAUCGCUGCAAACCCUUCCGGGCACUAUUGCCGUCCCGACCGGGCUGCCUGAUUCCAUCACGACGGCUCCUGCCGCUCUCCCGACAGACGGCCUAGACUCUUUUGGUGCGGUCCCAGUGGCAGUCUCCUCGUCUCUCAGCCUCACGACUGUCACAACCAUCGCAAAUGGCUUGACUUCUACUGUCAUAACAGCUGUGUCCGUCCCAACAGGAGCCUCGCAACUGAAUUCUCUAAACUCUACUACCGCCAUCUUGCCCACCGCCGGGGCCGAACGAACAAUGGGCUCAAUGAUGGCCGUUGUCGUAGGCGCCGCCGGUGUCUUUGCCAUGAUGCUGUUGUGA